AUGGACUGGGCUUCAUGCCAAAAUCCAGAUUUCAUGUCCUUUUUGGACGACAAUAUCGACUGGGGACUUCUUAUGGAUUCAACUUUCUUCGGAGACGACUACAACAUGGAUGAGCUGCUGGCGGCCGCUGGAAGCCACAACAGUUUAAUGCCGAAUUUCCCGGACACUGAAGAGGGUAUGGGUGACGACAUUGGCAUAUUCUCAGGACAAUUCGACUUUAAUCAAGUUCUACCAACAAGCGAUACUUUUCAAUACGACCCGAAUUUCGAGCUCAUUGGUGAGGAUCAUACGGCAUUAGACACUGCGACAACUCCAAGCGCGUGGAGUUCCAGCAACACAGCUCUUUCACCAACAGACAUAUUUCUCUCGGUAUCCCCACCUACUUUCUUGAACUGCCAGCUACUGGAAAUGUCCUCCCAUAACGAAGGUCAACUAGAGAGUUUUGGCCAGUACAUGCCAAUAACUCCGAUGAAUCCCCCAAGGAACCCUACAAAUGUCCAAAAAACAAGAAGACGCAAACGAAAAGAUUCAGACAUGCUAAAGUGA